ACCAACUUUUCUCGAGCCUACGUUCCAUCCUUGGCUAACAUUUUUACUAAAAACUCCACCUCUACUAAUAUUGCAAAUAUCAUACUUGACCGUAUUUGAACAGAACAAAUAAAAGCGAACUUUUAUAUCCUUAUAAAACUUUGUUUUUAACCCCCUCCAUUGUAUAUAACUUCGUGUAAAUGCCAAACGGCAUUGGUUCUUUAACAUAACGUUGUUUUCUUUGCACUCAUCCUUUUACAUUGCCAGAAAAUUCAAGAAAAUUGAAGGGUUUUUAAACCUAAACAUUUUCUUGAUUUUAUAAAAUUUUGAAAAGGACAGCCAUUUGUGCCCGCCGUGUGUUAGACGUGCGGUAGAUUGGAAACUUCAUUUAAGAAACAACAUUGUGUAAUUUGGUUUUGCUACCUCGUUUGCUACUGAAAUAUAUUUCGACAAAUUCAUAAAAUACAUUGACUUUUUGAAGAAAUUAUCAGAAAAUCAUUGCUUUAAGUUGUAUUUUUCAAUGGGUAAUAAACGCAAAAUCAAAGAAAGAAGAGAGGAAAAGUCUCUGGCAAACAGAGAAGCUUAUACUAGAAUGAACUUUUUGUAUCAGGUAGUGUACCGUUGUUUGCUUCUAAGGAUGAACACUCGAAAAGAAAUAUGUUGUCAAUACAUUAUACAUGAGAAUUGUAUUUUAAUAAUUUGAUAGCCAAACAUAUCUAACUAACUCUGAUUUGUUGAACUAUUAAAAUUGUUAAACACUCAUUGCAAACAUUGAAAUUUCAUGAUGUUUGUGAUGUGACCACGGUGAGAAUUGAACCUGUGGGCCGCGACCUUUGGGAUACUAGUCCAAUACUCCAAUGCUCUACCAGCUGAGCUACGAGGUCAAGUCGGUUUUUGUUGGUCAUAUUUCAGAACUGAGUCUAGUUCCUUCGAUAUCAAUGUAUUCUAAGAUAUGGUAAUCUCAAUGUUUCUAGGAUAUGAUAAUCUCAGACUACACAGCAAAAAACGCCGAGCUCGCUGCUCAACAGGAUUUUACAAUGUUUUGCUGCCCACAUUGUUCACACUUGUCAACAGUAUUGAACAAUAUUGUCGAGCCUGAAUCGGGUGUAACAAUAUUGUUCAACAUUGUUGACAACUGUGAACAAUGUGGGCAGCAAUUAGCAUUGUUCAAUCCUGUUUUCUUCAAUGUUGCAUCAACCUUAGCCUUUUUUACGUAUGUACAUUCCUAUGCCUAUGAUUGUAAAAAUUACCAAUUUUUAGCUAUGUCAAUAUAAUUAUUCUCACAGACCAAUCAGCUAGACCACACCAUUCCCAUAAUGUUGAUUUCACAAAUGGUAGAAUGUGGUUGCAUUCCAGAAUGUUUUGAAGCGAAAACAUCGCACACAUUAUUUCAAGAAAAGGUAACAGAAAGAACCAAUCACAACACACUUGUCAUGUGGCAACUGACAAACUGUGGUUGUAUCAGCCAAUUAGAAAAGAGCAUUUUACCCAAUCAGAAUGCAGCCACAGGGAACUCACCUCAAUGUUAUUUUAUCUUCCAGGCAUCCCAAACAGUAUUAAUGGAAAAUCCAGUGAAUUUAGAACUUUCAAGAUUUUAUGCAUUUACAAUGAAAAGUAUUGGACAAAAACUACUUUGUAAAAUGUAUGUGUGAAACCUCUCCUUAUAGACUUUAACAUUUCUAAUAUGGUUUUCUCUCUGGUAUGGACACCUCUCCUACAUGGACACUUCUCCUACAUGGACACUUCUCCUACAUGGACACUUCUCUAAUACAUGGACACCUCUCUAAUACAGACACCUCUCUAACAUGGACACCUCUCUAAUAUGGACACCUCUCUAAUACAGACACCUCUCUAAUAUGGACACCUCUCUAAUACAGACACCUCUCUAAUACAGACACCUCUCUAACAUGAACACCUCUCUAACAUGGACACCUCUCUAAUACAGACACCUCUCUAAUACAGACACCUCUCUAAUACAGACACCUCUCUAAUACAGACACCUCUCUAACAUGGACACCUCUCUAAUACAGACAUCUCUCUAAUAUGGACAUCCCUCUAAUAUGGACACUUCUCUGAUAUGAAUACCUCUCAAAUACAGACACCUCUCUAAUACAUAUACACCUCUCUAAUAAGCACACCUCUUUAAUAAAGACACCUCUCUAAUAUGGACACCUCUCUAAUAUGGACACCUCUUUAAUAAAGACACCUUCCUAAUAUGGACACUUCUCUAAUACGGACACCUCUCCAAUAGGGACACCUCUUUAAUACCGACACCUCUCUAAUAUGAACACCUCUUUAAUACCGACACCUCUCUAAUAUGAACACCUCUUUAAUACAGACACCUCUCUAAUAUGAACACCUCUCUAAUAUGAACACCUCUCUAAUAUGAACACCUCUCUAAUACAGACACCUUUGUAAUAUGGACUCUCUCUCUUUAAAAACAACACUUCUCUAAUAUACUGACUCGAAUACCAAAAACCUCUUUCAUUCUAACAUCUGACAAUUAUUAUUUUGUAAAUAGGGACCCAUCUAUCAAACGAACAAUCUGCAAAUACUGCCAUUCCAUCCUUGUCCCUGGGUUAACAUCAACCAUAAGAGUUAAAGGUAACCAAGAAAUAUUGAUUAAAUUAGCCUCCCUUGUCUGACGCCAGACAGACAAUGGAACAUUUUGAUCACUGGAAUGACUGGAAGGAUGGCUGUUAUGCAAACUUAACUUCAUAUAAAUUAUGUUGUCUGUGGUUAAGUGAAUGUGUUGUUUCUUUGUUGCCUAUUUCACAACUCUGUACAGUGUACAUAAAACUACAUACAAAUUUUAUAUUCCAUUAUAGCAAAACGUGAACGACAUCUGGUUGUAACAUGUUUGGACUGUGGAACUUUAAAACGAUUUAAUACAUGCAAGAAUUACCAAUUGUGGAGUGAGCAACAACAGGCUGAAAUGAAGCAACAGCCAGAAGGGCAAUACUCAGGACAAGAACAAAAAACACAACAAAAUAAAAACCCUGGUCUCAAACAUAGAAGUUAAGGAUAGUGUAUUAUUAUAAGGUGGUUUUCAAUAAAGAGUGAACAUUAAUGAACUGAACCCAGACACCAAGCAGCUAUCAGAGUGAUUAAUGAAUAAGGUUUAUUUUUCAUUGUAUGUAGUAGUGCAUGGUGAUUUGGUGGCAACUAGAAUUGUGAGAUGUAGUUUAAUUUUCUAAUUGUUCAUAUAAAGCGUGAUCAAGAUUUCAAGCUCAAAAAGGUGGUCAAAAUUAUCAUGAUUAUGGUGAUGGUCGUAUGUUGGUCCGACCUCCUCCCAAUAUGCCUUGCAUGGGAACUUUUCAAAGAGUCCUGUUCGUACCUUGCCUUUUUGGAUCUAACUUUAAAAUGUCUGCGUUUUACUCUGUAAAUAUUCGCUUUUUUUGCAUGUUUGUACAUACAUUGAUCCAAAUAAAUUUGUU